AUGGUCAUUGCACUGCUUCCAUUGCAUUGUGGUAAGCGAUAUCUCAAAAGCCAAAAGCCAGCUGAAAACCUGGAACGAGAUUCCCCCCAGAGUGAGCACAGACUGAGAGAAAAGCAAGAAAAGCAGAGAAAAAACCCUUGGUAUGAGGUUGGGAACGAGGCAUCUCGAAUCUCAAUCCAGUAAUGUAGGUACAGUCAGUGUGGUGCAGUUAAAAUGGCGUCGAUUUGGAUGAUAAAACUUCGCCCUAUUUGGAGAAUAUCAUGUCUAUCACCAGCCGUGAGAUCAACAACACCUCUUUCAAAAUGCUCACCAGCGGUUGGAAUUAUCGGCACGAGAAAUGCUUCAGAAAGUUUUCAGUCAAAAAAUAAAAGACUGGGCAGACCAACUUCACCUCAUUUGUUGAUAUAUAAAUUCGAGUUGCCAGGUCUUCUUUCUGGCAGUCACAGAGCAACUGGGCUUGUACAAUCAGGAGUCAUAUCAUUAGCCGCUAUUGGUCUCAUGUGUGCUCCAGAAAAUCUCGAAUAUUACGUCAACUACCUUCACUCCCUGGAACUACCACGUGCGGUAUGGGCGUCUACUAAAAUGCUCUUCGCUUGGCCUUUUAUGUACCACUUGUGUAAUGGCAUUCGCCACUUGAUAUGGGAUGUCACGGCAAAGGGUUUCACUCAAAGUGAUCUGUAUAGAACUGGAUAUCUCACUGUUAUUUUGUCUUUCCUAAUAACUGGCGGGUUAAUCUGGUUCUACUGAAUGACUUUCGGGAAUAACAUUCUCUGAUUCUUUAGCAUUUCAUUAUGGACUUUGAACAUAACGUUAAAUGCACCAGAAAUCACGACAAAGUUAAUAUUUAUGUGAUUAUAUAGGUUUACCAGGCUGGACAAAUAUAGGAAUAAACAAAUGUCUUAGUAAAGUUUAUAUAUAUAACUUUGUACGAUGUAUUGAACAAUGACCAUAAAGUAUUUUAAUAAAACCUUAACACAAACUACACCGUUUAAA